AUGAUGACUAAUCGUGCAGGAGCUGUCAUUGUUUUCACUGGACUUUUAUCUGUCGGAAUGCUCGGUACGCGCAUACAGGGGUACAAGUGGAUUGGAAUGAUUCUCGUCAUCCUUGGUCUGGUAGUUGUAGGAGUGACAGAUAUUAUUUAUGAUGAUGAUCCACUGGAUGAUAAGAAUGCUAUAAUCACUGGUAACCUUCUAAUUAUCAUGGCGCAAAUAAUUGUAGCCAUCCAAAUGGUCUAUGAGCAGAAGUAUCUUAACCAGUAUGAUGUCCCAGCCCUUUUUGCUGUUGGACUUGAAGGUAAGCUGUAUAUUUCCAUAUCCACGCUGUCGGAAGUUACUAGAAUGUUAGAAGCACGAGAUGUGCAUCCUAGAUGGUUUUUAAAGAAGCCCCUUGGCUUCAUUGGACGUUAA